CGGGGCUGUGCCAUGCCGGGCCGAGCCGAGCCGAGCCGGGGGUGUGCCGAGCUGUGCUGUGCCUUACAUAGAUGGGCAAGGAAAUUGGUGAAGGGUCUGGAGCUCAAGUCUUAUGAGGAGUGGCUGAGCGUUAUGGGAGCGUUUAACCUGGAGAAAAGGCUCAGGGAGACCUUAUCGCUGUCUACAACCACCUUUGAAAUGAGGGAGUGGGCCCCUUCUCCCAGGCAGUCAGCAACAGGACGAGAGGAUAUAGUCUGAAGCUGUGCCAGAGGAGGUUCAGGUUGGACAUUAACCUACGCCAAGAUGGCCACAGGUACCCUUAGCUUCAACAUCGACUCCCCACGCUGGGACCAGAGCACCUUUGUGGGGCGCCUGAAGCACUUCCUCAACAUCACCGACCCUCGGACAGUGCUGGUGCCGGAGGAGGAGCUGGACCAGGCCAAGGCCCUGGUGGAGAGCUGCAGGGCCGGGCUGGUGCCGCCAGGAAGCAGCCAGGAGCAGCUGCUCUAUGCCAAGAAGCUGUACGACUCAGCCUUCCACCCUGACAGCGGUGAGAAGAUGAACCUCAUUGGCAGGAUGUCCUUCCAGGUGCCGGGGGGCAUGGCCAUCACUGGCUGCAUGCUCCAGUUCUAUCGGACAGUGCCUGCAGUGGUCUUCUGGCAGUGGGUGAACCAGUCCUUCAAUGCCUUUGUCAACUACACCAACCGCAACGCUGCCUCCCCCAUCUCUCUGAGGCAAAUCGGGGUGGCUUAUGUCACGGCCACCAGUGCAGCCCUGGCCACCGCAGUGGGACUCAACCUCUACACCAAGCGAGCCCCCCCCUUGCUGGCCCGUUGGGUCCCCUUUGCAGCUGUGGCCGCUGCCAACUGUGUCAAUAUCCCCAUGAUGCGGCAACAGGAGAUCAUCAAUGGGAUCACAGUGACAGAUGAGAACAACAACGAGCUCGGCCACUCCAGGUUAUUUUGCCCAUCAUCAUGGAGCGGCUGGAGAAAUUCACCUUCAUGCAGCGGAUCCGGGUUCUCCACGCUCCUCUGCAGGUGCUGCUCUGCGGGGGCUUCCUCCUGUUCAUGGUGCCAGCAGCCUGUGCUCUCUUCCCCCAGCGAUGCUCCCUUGCACUGGCUGACCUUGAGGUGGAGCUGCGUGACAGUAUCAUGGCCAAGCACGGGGACCAAGUGCCAUAUGUCUAUUUUAACAAAGGACUGUGAAUGGAGACUACCUCAGGAGCCAUUACACCCCUCUGGCCUCCUGCCACCACCAUUCCCACAUCUCCUGAGCAGGGUCAGAGGCACAGUCCAGCCCAGAUCUGCACCCCCACCCAGCACCUUCUCUGCAGCCUUCUUCCACUGUAGAAUCAGGAUCUGACUCUGUGUGUCCAGCUUGCAGCAUUUUGGCUUGUAGUGUCCCAUGCCCAUCUGCUGCAUGGCAUGGACAUGGGUCCAUGAUGUCUCAGCCUUCCCAUGUCCCUCUUGCCAUGAGGGAUGCCUGCACUUCCUGUGCCUUCCUUUGGCCCAGCCUGUCUGGGCCUCACUGGGUCUGGCCCCAUGAGGCUCUCUCCCUUGGGGCUCAGAGCACAUUUCUACCUCUAAAAGCAGAUAUCCUGCCAUUGUACCAGCAACCAAACCACAUUCCUGCCUUAAACCACCACAGUAGCCUCUUCCCAAGAGAUGGAUCAUGUCUUGGCAGGUGUGAAGGGACCUGUUCUCUCUGCACUAUGAGAGUCACCAUCCCAAAGUCCAGAGACCAAUGCUUGGACUAUGCAUUCCUUGCUCUCAGGUUCAGGUUCUAUUCACUCUGUGUUUGCCACAAGUCAGGAAAGAAAUAUCUAAUUGUUUUUAGCUCUGAUUUUUUUCAUUCCUCUGAGCUCUGUCACCCUUGUCCUACAUCUCUGGUCCCCACAGUGAAACCAUGAAACUGCAACUUUAGAGAACAAUUGUCUCUUGCCCCCUUUGACAUGGGGAAGAAGACACAGAAAUCAUAGAAUUGUUAGGGUUGGAAGGACCUCUGGAGGUCAUCUAUUCCAGCUCCCCUGCUGAGGCAGGGUCACUAGAGCAGGUUUCGCAGGAAUAUAUCCAGGUGAGUUUUGAGUAUUUCCAGAGAGGAAGACUCUACAACCUUCCUGGGCAGCCUGUUCCAGUGCUUUGCCAUCCUCAAUGUAAAGAAUUUUUUCCUCAUGUUGAGGUGGAACUUCUUGUAGUUUAGUUUAUGGCCCUUGUUCCUUGUCCUGUUGCUGGGCACCACUGAAAAAAGCCUGGCACCAUGCCCUUUGCACCUGCCUUUGAGACAUUUAUAUGCAUUGAUGAGAUCCCUCUCAGUCUUCUCUUUUUCCAGACUGAACAGACCUGGCUCUCACAUUCUCUCCUCAUAAGAGAUGCUUCAAAUCCCUCAUCAUCUUUGUGGCCCUCCACUGAACACUCUCCAGUGGCUUCUCUCUUUCUUGUCACAGAGCUGUCAAGGCAUUCACUCAGGCUCUGGAUUCAGUCACUGCUGCUGCAUUGCAAACAGCAGAGGAAGGUUGAAAAAUAAAUGUGAUUUUUAAAAACCA